CUCGGCCUUUCGCAUUUCUCGCGACCUCUUCACAGUCCGACGACCGAAAACCGUUGUCUAAGUUAUUGAAAGCUCUAGAGGCUAUAAAGUCGCAAAGGUACUUCUACAAUGGAAUCUCCAAAACCAACUCAGCUUCGACGUCAUCGAUCCAGCUGUCCUCCCAUCAAACCUCCAUCUCACUCUGCAAUUCGAGAAGAAACAUCUUUCAAUUAUCAUCAAAACCAUGGAUACCAUCGCAAGUCAGGUUCGUGACCUUUACAACAAGGCAGACGAGGAGGGGCGCAGAACGCUUCAACAUGAGCUCAGUGAGCUGCAAAGAUCGUUGGACACUGAGUGGGAUAUGGUCAUACGACUAGCAAGUGGCACUCUGCAAAUGGCACUAGCCAAAAUCGGAUCCCACCUACAACUAUUUGAACUGCUUGCUGCGAGCGAGAUUCCUCUUAGUCUCAGUCACUUCGUGGAGAAGACGAAGGCAUCACCGGAGCUUCUAGGCCACCUGAUGCGUACCCAGGCAGCGUUUGGUCUAUUCAAAGAGACUGGAAAGGAUGAGUUCACGGCGAACCGAAUGACGAAAGCCCUUGCCGACCCAGAUGUGGCAGGGGCGAUUGCACAUGCAACCGAUGUUCACAGCGCUGUUGCCCACGUCUUGCCUGACUUUCUAAAAGCAAGGAGGUACCAGAACAUGACGUCAAACAAGGAUACACCCUUUCAAAUGGCGAUGAAGACAGACCUCACCCCUUUUGAAUGGAUGAAAGAUCGCCCAGAGCAGAUGAAGAGUCUUGGACAUGCGAUGCGCAUCCAACGUGCUGGGAAUUGGACGGACAGCUACCCCGUGGAAAGAGAAGUCGGGGCGUUUUCCCCUGCACCAAAUUCAGCACUGCUUGUGGAUGUUGGAGGAGGGUUUGGUCAACAAUCGAUUGCGUUUAAAAGCAGGUUUCCAAGCCUACCUGGUCGAAUUGUCGUGCAGGAUAUUCCAGCAACCCUUGACCAAGCGAAGACCUCGGAAGGGAUCGAAUUCAUGGUCCAGGACUUCUUCCAGCCGCAAGCGUUGAAAGCCGCUAAGUUUUACUAUCUUCGACAUGUCUUACACGAUUGGAUGAACGAUGAUUGCAUCAAGAUCCUGAAGGCAAUUGUCCCGGCUAUGGGUCCUGAAUCCCGGGUUAUCAUCGACGAGGUAGUCUUGCCAGACACAAACGUCCCAUGGCAGGCAGCUUAUAUGGACAUCACAAUGAUGGCUUCUCUAGGAGGCAUGGAGCGCACGAAGGCCGAAUGGGAGAUACUGAUGGAUCAAGCUGGGCUGAAGAUUCUGGAAAUUCACAAGUAUGACCCGAAGAUGCAAUCAAUCAUUGUUGCAGCCCCCCAGUAAAUGCUCCCCCGAUACCAAACGCUGCUGUCAAUAAUCAGACUCAAUUAUAAUCUGGCUAGGCUUAAAUCCCU